UGUUGUAUAUGUGCAGGGUUUCCCACCAGCCAUUGGCCGCUGGAUGUGUAUCUCUUCUAUUAACUAACAACAACAACAAGUUUCCCCCUGACAUUGCAUUAUUCAUGAUUUAUGACACAUGAUUAAUAACUGAAGCAAGUAUUGGAUGUGAUCAAUCAAUACAUUACAUAUCAAUAUCAAUUAACUUCAUCUACUAAAUGACAAUUUAAACAUUCCCCUCAUUAAAUAAAUAUGUCAUCUUUGUUGUUUUACGGAGUGCCACGGCUCAUUUCCCCUGAAGCUACUCAUCCUGAUAUUAUAUUUCAUUCAAAUGUAAAAUGUUAACAGGUUUUUGCUUCUUACUUGCUUUUCUUUUUACAUUUUUCUGCCACCUAAUUAUUCUGUCUUGACAUGUUUUUCUACCAGAAGAUGAACGGUCUGUCCAUACGAGAGCUAUGCUGCCUGUUCUGCUGUCCUCCUUGCCCCAGCCGUAUUGCAGCCAAACUGGCAUUCCUCCCUCCAGAGCCCACAUACGCCCUUCUGCCUGACUCCGAUCCAAGUUCUGGAGCUGGAACUGCUUCUGGGUCCACUUCCGGGGCUGCUCAGCCUUCUCUCGGAGCCCCAGGACUGCGUUCCCGGCAGGGCGCUGGUAGUGGAUCUGACAAAGUAGGAGGAGCUGGUGCAGAAGGAGAAGGAGGAGGAGGAGGUAGUGGUGCUGCUGCUGGUGGUGGCAGCAGCAGCGGUGGUGGGAGUGAGGGCAAGUGGAAGCUUCAUCUCACCGAGAGAGCGGAGUUCCAGUAUUCACAGAGAGAGCUGGAUCUGACUGAUGUAUUCCUGACCAGAUCCAGCCGAGGGAACAAGGUGGGGUGCAUGUACAUUCGCUGUGCCCCCAAUGCCAGGUUUACAGUGUUGUUUUCCCACGGCAAUGCAGUAGAUCUGGGCCAGAUGAGCAGCUUCUACAUCGGCUUAGGCACACGUAUCAACUGCAACAUCUUUUCCUAUGAUUACUCAGGCUACGGGGUUAGCACUGGCAAGCCCUCUGAGAAGAACCUCUAUGCUGACAUUGAUGCUGCCUGGCACGCCCUGCGCUCCCGCUAUGGCAUCAGUCCUGAGAAUAUCAUCCUGUACGGACAGAGCAUCGGCACGGUGCCCACAGUCGACUUGGCAUCCCGGUUUGAGUGUGCUGCUGUGGUCCUCCACUCUCCUCUCACCUCUGGAAUGAGAGUGGCCUUCCCCGAUACCAAGAAAACAUACUGCUUUGAUGCCUUCCCUAACAUAGAGAAAGUGUCAAAGAUCCCGUCUCCGGUGCUCAUCAUCCACGGGACGGAGGAUGAGGUGAUCGACUUCUCCCACGGCCUGGCUCUGUUCGAGCGCUGUCCCAAGGCCGUGGAGCCGCUCUGGGUGGAGGGAGCCGGUCACAACGACAUUGAGCUUUACAGUCAGUACCUUGAGAGGCUACGGCGCUUCAUCAACCAGGACCUGGCUGCACAGCAUGCCUGAGACGCAACCGCGGCCUCUCUGCGUUUGUAUGAAUGAGGCUGUGUGUAUGCGUGUGUGUGUGUGCGCGACUGAGCGAGAACGCCGGCAUGUCUGCAAAGUGCGUGUGAGAGAUCGACCUCAAGUGAUUUGUGAUUUUUGUCACAUCUGUGUGUCUUUGAAGCAGCACACAUUUUACGUUUCUUAUCACGACUUAUGUUCAAAUAAUUACGGUUUUUAAUAUCAGCAGCUGCCUCCAUCUGUACGGUGGAGUGUGGUGAAGCGCUAUAAAACAAAAGCUGAGAUCAAACCACUUCACAGAUCCGUUUUUUUUAACGUUAGGAAAUUCAUGAAUUGCAGCGUUGAAAUGUGUCCCUGACGUAACUUAAGAAGUAACGACAAUGUGCUUCUUCCAGAAAGGCACACAGAUGUCAUUCUACAGUAAAGCGUGUUCGUGAAUGUAUGAAUCAUGGGUGAAAGUCUUGAGUGUAUAUUCAUACCUCCACGGACAUGUGUGUGUGUGUGUGUGUGAGUGUGUGAGAAGCAGUGCUGAAAGAAAUGAAGGACAUCCUGAUGACUUGGACGUCUGCAAGUGGAGGACGCUUAUUGAAACGUAUCAAUAUUUAUGUAUUUUUUUCUUCUUUUUGUGAGUAUGAAGAAUACCUCCACAGCUUGACCAGUUCUCUCUCCCAUGGACAAUCACUGGUCGAGCAUGUGCCCGCCCACUCCUCCUCCCUGUUUACUUGUUAAUGGACAUCCAUCUGACUGCCAGGGCAUUUCCCAAGUUGUCCAGCUAACACUAACCUACACUAACCGUGUGGUUUGGGGGUCCAUCUCCUCGUCUUUGGUGGGUACAGGACGAGUCUGGAAUCCUGUCACAGCUCUUAUGGCUUUGGGUGUCUCAUACUCUCCUCCCCCUCAUUUCUGACUGAAGAUGUUACGGCUUCCUCCACUUUAUCUCCUGGCUCCGCUGUAGCUUUAGUCCUCGUCUGUCCACAGAAUUGCAGCAGCAACUUACAGGGAACUAUUUUGAUUCCCAUUUAUUGCUUUUCUCCAACCAGUCCUACAUAUUUGUGAUGAAGGAUGAUGGUGUGCUUGAAAGGAAACGGCUUUGAUAGCCACACCGAGGACAUCUCUUGCUUAUGUGGACACUUCUUUGGCAUCAACAGAACAGCUAUCGGAGUGUCGCGUCACAUUAGAUCAGUCGGCUCAAACAGAAGGCUGUUGCUCUUCAGUGUUUACUGAUGUGUGACAGGUAAAUAAGUUAAGAUUUGUACCAGAAGAUUUUUGCUGAUGAACUUGAAGUCUUACAGCACAGCGUGUGUCCCACGUCUCGUUCCAUAGCUCUCGUCACAAGGGUUAGUCCGCCUCUUGUUCAUAUGCACAUUUGUUUCUCUUGAUGUAUUUAAUCCUAACGUAUUUGUCGUAGUGUGGGGCCAUCUGUUGUUCGUUUCAGAGCCACGCGUGUCUAUGUCGAGACUAACGCAUCAGAUCGGGUGUCAUGGCGGGACAUCAUGCCUACUAUCGCUGUUUUUAACCUCUGUGGCCCUAAAUGUACAGGAGCUCUCUUAUGGGUGGCAGCACGCUUCAUGUCUGACACAAGCCAUACUUGAGCCUCUCACUGUUGGUGUGGUGCAGGUUCCACCACACACACACACACACACACCAUUGCAUAUUAUCUCUCACACACACACACACACACACACAUAAUAUAUUUACUGUAGAAUACAGUAUAUGGACUCGUAUAUCAGAUCAAGCAUGACACAAGCAGGUCUUAAGUUCAGCACUAUUGUACAAAGCAUCCAAAGUGUAAUAAGGGUAUAAACUGUAAGUUUGUGUGUCUUCAUUAUUAUUGACUGUCUUCUACAGGCCACCAUUAAGGAUACUAACAUCACAGUUGAAUAACGAGUCAUGGGCCUUUUGUGUGGACCUGAAAAAGUGCUAGAACUGAUUUCAUGGUCGCAGGCAAGCAGCACAUUUCAGAUCGACACGAGACGUCCGCUGCAUAGGAGACCCGUCGGUUUCAGUGGUAGAAGCUGCAUUUAUUUUGAAGGGAAUAUGUGCUGAACUAGCACUGAUCUGAUUACUCCAUUGUGGGAGUACGAGUGGGUCUUCGUGAACACAGCUCGCUCCCCGUCAUCACCUCAAACAGGGAAUGUUUCCAUUCUCAUCCUGUGCUUUGUGUGUCUGAUAUUUAAAUAAUGUACACCUGGUACCAUCUCGGACCAGGGAUCCGAGCUGAUAGAAGAAUUAGAGAGAGUUCUCGACUCUGAAAGUAGAAGUAGUUUUUUUUUUCUCCUGAACUGGUCGUGUUAUCAGGGAAACCACUGGAUCCACCUUUCAUUCGUCGGGUUCAAGAAACGGGCUGGAGACUUUCCGUUUCAUUGAUGCACCACUAUGGUUGACGUAUAUUGUGUCCUCUGGCCCUGAAUGUGUAUUGAUGGGGGGGUUGAACAGUAAAACUGUAUGCAUGUCUAUUGUGUUUUGAAAGGCAAGUGAUGGGGUGCGAUGUUAUCUCUAUUAUGUAUUCUAUGUGAGGAUAAAGCUGAACUCAUGGCAGUGGAACAUUGAAGCGCUUUUGGAGAAAAAAAGGGAUUUAUUUGAGUUUUUAAAAAUGCUAACUGAUGUAUUGUUAUGAGUUUGGUGCUAGAGUUUGAGCGCGGCGGUGUUAGGUGGGUGGAGGGCUAGGCUAUAUUACUGGGCUGUUUAUAUGGUUACUGUACUUACCUAUUCUCUUUGUAUUAUGAUUUGUAAUUUUAUGUUGCUUUUUUGAACUGAGAAUAUGAUGUAAUGAAUUUAUUCAUGGGACUGAAUCUUGACCUUUUUAUGGACAACAAAAUAAUAAAAAAAGAUCACUUAUGUACAAAAAUGUUA